ACAGGGACCUGGGAUGGGGACAGACAGGGAAUGGGAUGGGGACAGACAGGGACCUGGGGUGGGGACAGGCAGGGACCCUGCAUGGGGACAGGCAGGGCUGCAUGGGGACAAACAUGAAACUGUGCAUGGAAACAAGCAAGGACCUGUCAUGGGGCUGCGUGGGGUCCCAUGGGGACACAGGGUGGCACAGGGCUCCAUGGGGACACGGGGUGGCACAGGGCCACGCAGGGGGACCCAGGUCCGCAGCCACACAGGGCUGGGUGGUGACCAGUGCACAGGUCCCCUGCAGGGCCACCCAGCCACCCAAGCCCAUGGGGACCUGGGGGAGGGAAGCAGGGGUACCCCCCCCCAAACUGUGGUGGCCCCAGCCCCUCUCUCAGCUCCUCUUUGUCCCGUGUCCCCCCCCCCAUGCCAUGCGAGGAGCCCCUGUGUGCACCGGGGAUGGGGUGGGCUGCUGGAUAACGUGGAGCAGCACGUGAUGCAUGCAGCCGAGCACGUGGAGCAGGCAAAACAGCAGACCAAGCAAGCCCUCCAGUACCAGGGCCAGGCGCGCAAGACCCUUCCGACCAUCCCAGCAGCGACGUCUCCCAGUGGGACCCUCCCCAGCACCGCAGCCCGGCCCCCUCCUCUCCCCACUUCUCCCAGACCUGCUGCCCUCAGCCCCGGCGUCCGGGCUCCCACCCUGGGGACUCCCCCCUCCACAGAGGGACCCCGACACCGGAGCCGUCUCCCCCACCAACCCCUCCACUGCUGUCCUGCCUGUCCCUGGGGUCUGCCCUUCUUGUCCUCAUGUGCCCCAAGGGAAGGGAACAGAACUCAAUUAUUUAUUUUCCCUUUGCUGAUAAAUCAACAUCCCCUGAUCUCCCUCCUCUUGCUGGGGGGGGGGGGGGGGAGGAGCGGUUUGAAGGGGCUGGGGGGCUACGUUGGCGAUGCAAUAGGUGAUGAAGCGCCUUGCUGGGGGUGGGGGGGUGGGUGAGGGCUGGACCCACAGAGGGACAAGGGACAGGGGUACGACCAGGAUUGGGGGAGGGCGGGUUUGGUGGCACCAGUGGGUCUGGCCAUGCUUUGCUAUUCACCGUGGCAGACAGAGCCCACCGGGGACCCUGUCCCCUCUCGAUGGCUGUGGCUGGCACGUGUCCCCCCCCCCUGCCCUGACACUGACUGCCCCGGUGCUGUGGGGAGCUGGGGCAGGAGGAGGCGGCGGUGGUCGUGGUUAUUUAAUUCCCGUUAAAAUAAAAAUCCCCGCUGACUCCUGCCCUGCGCCUCUCCGCUGCUCCGUGCGCAACGCAGUGCUGCGGGGACAAGCGGGGUGCUGGCACCCCCAGAUAUUCGAAGCAGAAGGGGCUGAGCACGGCUCCAGCUCAGCUCAUGGCACACUUGGCAUUGCGGCCAGGCUGGCAGCUUUAGCUGAGGGGUCUGGGACCAGCCCCCAUUUUUGGGGGGACGCAGACCCUCAGGGUGAUGUGAUGGGGAAGUAUGGGGCUGGGGACAUCCCCUAAAUCCCAUGGACUUGGCCCUUUAGGCCAGACCAUCCUCCCCCGUGGUUUUGGGCAAGUCACGGUGACGGGGACACGUCUCAUGCUGGUGCUUGACCCCCGUCCCACGGGGACACAGGACCAGCUCCUACCCACCCCGCUGCCACCCCAGCCCGUCCCUGUCUCCUGUCCCUCCUCCCCAGCCCCUGUCCCUUCUCCCCGGCCCCGUGUCACCCGCAGCCCUGCCUCACAGCCCCUCU